AUGGCUGCAGGUCAGCCCCAGCGUGGACAAGCCUCAGGUGCCCUCUGGGGGCAAGGACACUCCUCGAAGCUCCCAGGGACAGAGAAUGAAAGUCCACCUGACCCAGGCGGAGAGGUCUGGCCGGGGGUCCGACCGGGUCAGGCCCCGCUGAGGCCCGUUUCUCGGACGCAGGCUGGCACAGCGGCCCGGGCAGCCGGUGGCGAGGGGCCCGGGACCUGCCAGAGCCCCCCGGCCCCGCCCCCGCCCCCCGUGGAGCCGCUGGUGGAGCUGCCCAGCUCCUUCCGGGAGCUGUUCACCUUCUUCUGCGCCAACGCCACGGUGCAUGGAGCCAUCCGCCUCAUCUGCUCCGGCCACAACCGCCUCAAGACGGCGGCCUGGGCGCUGCUGUUCCUGGGGGCGCUGGGCGCGCUGUACUGGCAGUUCGGGCUCCUGUUCGAGCAGUACUGGCGCUACCCCGUCAUCAUGACCGUGUCCGUGCACUCCGAGGGGAAGCUCUUCCCGGCUGUCACUCUGUGCGACAUGAACCCGCACCGGCCCAGCCUGGUGCGCGGACACCUGCAGGCCCUGGAUGAGUUUGCCCAGGAGAACCUCUACGCCCUCUAUGGGUUCAACCUCAGCCGGAGCAGGGGCGCGCCCUCCGCGGAGGCCCCGGGCCCCGAGCCCGCCUUCCAGCUGGACCGCAGAGUCCGGCUGCAGCGGCUGGGCAGCCGGGGCGGCCCGAGCAGAGUGGGCUUCAGGCUGUGUAACAGCACCGGCGGCGACUGCUUCCACCGCGCCUACUCGUCCGGCGUGACGGCCGUGCGCGCCUGGUACCGCUUCCACUACGUGGACAUCCUGGGCCUGCUGCCGCCCCGCCCCGAGGACGGCCACCAGAGCCACGGCGGCCACUUCGUCUUCUCCUGCCGCUACGACGGCCAGGACUGCCAGGCCCGGCACUUCCGGACCUUCCACCACCCCACCUACGGCAGCUGCUACACCUUCAAUGGCACGUGGACCGUGCAGCGCCCAGGCAUCACCCACGGGAUCAGCCUGGUCCUCAGGGCUGAGCAGCAGGACGCCCUCCCGCUGCUGUCCACUGAGGCCGGCAUCAAGGUCAUGGUCCACAGGCGGGACCACACGCCCUUCCUGGAGCACCGGGGCUUCAGCGUCCGGCCCGGGACGGAGACCACCAUCAGCAUCAGGGAGGACGAGGUGCACCGGCUCGGGAGCCCCUACGGCCGCUGCACGGUCAGCGGGGAGGGCGUGGACGUCCCGCUGCUGUACGAGGCCAACUACACCAUGCAGGCCUGCCUGGUCUCCUGCUUCCAGCAACUGAUGGUGAACACCUGCUCCUGCGGCUACUACUUCUUCCCCCUGCCGGCGGGGGCCGAGUACUGCAGCUCCGCGCGGCACCCGGCCUGGGGCCACUGCUUCUACCGCCUCUACAGAAAACUGGAGGCCCACCGGCUCCCCUGCUUCUCCCGAUGCCCCAGGCCCUGCAGAGAAUCUUCCUACAAGCUGUCCGCUGGGAGCGCCAGGUGGCCUUCCUCCAAGUCAGGGGACUGGACCCUGGCCGUGCUGGGCAAGCGUAGCCCCCCACGCCCUGGCCAGAGCCGGAGCCCCGGCUGGAGCCCGAGACCCAGGAGCAACGUGGCCAAGGUGAACAUCUUCUACCAGGAGCUCAACUACCGCACGGCCGACGAGACGCCCGUCUACUCGGUGCCGCAGCUGCUGUCGGCCAUGGGCAGCCUCUGGAGCCUGUGGUUCGGCUCCUCCGUCCUGUCCGUCCUGGAGCUGCUGGAGCUGCUCAUCGAUGCCGUCGCCCUGGCCCUGCUGCUGGGCUGCCACCGGCUCCGGCGUGUGCAGGGGUCCCAGCCGCGGGCGGCCCACACCAAGCCGGAGACCUGCCCAGUGCCCAGGGACCGCAGGCAUGAGGCCAGGCGCCCAGGGCCCCAGCCCGCGGUGCCUCCCGGGCGCUGGCAGGAGUCUCAGUGAAGAGUUAGGUCAGUGUGGGUCCCCCGAGACUCCUAAGCCCUGAACCAGCUGGAGCUCGGUCUGAUGCUGGGGGCCGUGGCUCAGUGGGCCCUCCUGGCUUCCCAGAGGGGCCUGUCCAGUUCCACAGGGGCCCCCUGACGGCCAGCAAGGCCUCGGGCCCAGGCCUGGCUGGCAGGCAGGUACAAGGGCGCCCAGCGCAUCAGGGCCUCUCACUGGUGCAGCCACCUGCUCCAAGGAGACCUCGUGGUUCUCAAGGAGCCCAGGGCACAGGGAGAGGAGUGUCCCCACCACUGAUUCCCAUGUUCCAGGCAGGACUGAGCUUCUUGUGCAUGUGUGUGCACACCCAUGCAUGCAUGCAUGUAUGCACAUGUGUGCCUUCAUGUAAAUGUACAUGUGGGGGUGCCCCCACAUAGGAAUGUGUCUGUGUCUGCAUUAUAUGUUUGUCUGUGUCAACAUGUCUGCCCACACCUCAGCUUGGGGCAGGUGGGAGGGCGGGCAGGGCCAGGCCAAGGCCGUUAAUGAGGCUGGGCUGUAAUAAAACUGGCAAUUCCACCUGG